UUGCGCAAGCGCGGAAUAGGCCGGCGCUGGGCCUGGUUUCCGGUUGCGGUGGCGGCAGCGGAAGAUGGAAGAGGAUGAGGUCGCGGAGAGUUGGGAGGAGGCGGCCGAUAGUGGGGAAAUAGACAGACGGUUAGAAAAGAAACUAAAGAUUACUCAGCAAGAGAGGAAAUCAAAGUCUCCCGCUAAAGCACCAGUGGUUAUCCAGGACGACUCCCUUCCAGCUGGUCCUCCUCCUCAGAUACGAAUUCUGAAAAGGCCGACUACCAACGGCUUAUCAAGUAAUGCUCAUACCAGCAACAAGCCCGCUGCCCCUGUGAAGUCUCUUGCGCAGAGAGAGGCUGAAUAUGCAGAAGCCAGGAAACGCAUUUUAGGAAGCGCCAGUCCUGAGGAAGAACAGGACAAGCCAGUAGCCGAAAGGCCUGCGAGAAUCAAUCAGUUCGAAGAGAAUAGACAGCCAAACAACGUGAUCCGGCAGCCACUGGGACCUGAUGGAUCUCAAGGUUUCAAACAGCUCAGAUAGAUGUGAUGGAAUGAUGUUGCUGGGGGCUUACUGCCCUAUCACACCAAUGGACCUGAGCAGAGGGAACCAUCUGCUUUACUUUGCACUUUGAUGCCCUCUUUGCUCCGCCCACUGUGACCUUAAACCCUGUGCACUGUGACCCCCUCCUGCCACCCCUCUAGCUCCGACCACUGUGAUUGGCACAUCACCACAGGCUACCCCAGGUCUUUUCAAGGGAAAGCGUGUUUGUGCAUGUGCAGGAUGGGUGGGGAGGGGAUGAAGAAACCGCACUUAGUGUUUCAAGAGAAGGGGUGCCACGUGCCUGCGACUGCCACUUCUAUUGAAGUUACCGUCAGCAAUAAUGUUCAUAAGUUGUAUUUCUAUGGAAGACAGGGGUUUCAUGCUCCCCACUUAAUUAUAUCAUGUCUCUUUUUGACUGCAUGUCAGCUUCAUUGCACCACAGAGGAAGUUUUAUUUCAAGGGCGAUUCCUACCUAAAGUGCAUGGAAAGGAUUUUUAAUUGUUUUAAAACAAACCUGUUUUGUUUUAAUGCAGAAGACUAGCUUAUAGUAUUCAACAAUGAAGAACAAGAAUAUGGUGGAAAUGAACUUUUAUAUUCAGAAAGGGACAGGGAUCCACACAAGCCUGCUAAACUGAAUUAUUUUAUCAUGGUAGAUAUGGUGCUUGGUCCCUUUAUGGGUGUGAUAUCGGGAUGUUCAGCGCUUUUGAGCAUGGCUAGAUGAGCUUUAUUGUAUGAAAGGGGACAGGGUAUGCAUGAGCUACUGUUUUUAGCAUGGCUUCAGAAGUGGUGUGUGGGUACUAUGCUCAGGAAAACCUCUCUCUAGAGGGAUAAUGGUUUCAGUAUUCUAACAACUAGUAUGCAGUGGAGGAGUCUAGUACAGUUAUAAAGACUGGCUCCGGAAGGCCUGGGCUGUCCCUGGAGCACAGAUGUGAGUGAAGAGCCUAGCCCCCGAGGAACCAGAGUUGUGGUGCGUGGACAUUCUCGUGGCUGGCUGCCAUAUUUUUUUUUUUAUUAUUUUUUUUUUUCCUCCUAGUAUGGUGUUUGGUUGUGUGAUUGGCACAAAAGCAAUCUUAGCAGUAGGCAUACUUCCUGUUUAUAAAUAGGAUAUUCAUGCAGUAACUGGUGCAGAAGAGUUGGUGACCCCCAUUUAGUACUAUAGGGGCCUGCAACACAUUGCAGGGCAGUUUUGGUAGGUCUCUGUCGUGCUACAUGGGUAUGUCGAUAGCCAUUCAUCUGAUAUGAAAGAAAUUGCUGUACGUUUGAGCUGGAUGUUCCGGGUUUUGCCCAGUGCUAAACCUGAUUUAUAUUUACUUUUUAGAAAUCCUAACUGGGAACAAACCAUGCUGAAUAAAGUUGAAAAUAAAGAAACAAUGUUUGUAUUUUAUCCAAAAUGUCACAUAUAUAUUACUGCAAAUAAGAUGUCAUUUAAAAAGCAUUUUUUUUUUUGUUUGUUUUUUUAACAUACCAUAGGUGCCCAUAUAUAGUAUUGUUCAGCGAUUGUAAAAAUGAUUAAAAUAGUCAAAGGUAGAUUUGCACAUGGCCGGUUUAAAAAAAUAAAUAAAAUUAAAGGGAUGUGAAA